AUAUUGGCUGAUCCUGGCCAAGCACAAAGGAUCCUGAUGGGGGACUCAGGAUCGAGGCGUUCCAUCAUUGUGUCCCGGUUGCCAAUAUUCAGGAGAAGUAUUAGCCGAAGACACGAUUCCCUUCCAUCAUCGCCCACUUCCAAUAGUACCGUUGGUGUUCACAGCUCUUCUCCCUCCAGCACCAACUCCAGCUCAGGUAGCACAGGCAAACGCAGGAGCCUGUUCCGCACACCUUCCAUUAGCUUCCACCACAAGAAAGGGAGUGAACAGAAAGCCGAACCUGUAAGCCAAAAUGCAGCUGUUUCCAAUGGUGCUCAGUCCAGUCACACUUUGCAAAAGCUUGGCUUGGAGGAGCACGUGAAAAGCAGAGGGAGGCAUUCUGUAGGCUUCGGAAGUUCUCGAAGUAAGAAGAUCACAAGGUCUGUGACGGAGGACUUUGAAAAGGGCAGGGAGCCUUCAGCCAAUAAGAACGUCUUCAUAAAUUGCAUCCGGUCUGGCAAAAAUGAAGGUGAUGAUUCUGGCUUCACAGAGGAACAAAGCCGGUCCUCUGUUAAACAUUCCUCAAGGAAACUUCUCCCCAAAUCCUUCUCGACACACUAUCGGUUUUCAAAGCCAGUUCCUGAAAGCCAGUCAGUUUCGUGCGUGCAACCGUCUUCGUGCCAGCUGGAUAUUAAACCCAGUGUUGAAAGUGAACCCCUGUCGGCCAGGCCUUCCCCAUCGUGUUCUCCUGAGGUUGUAGAAUGUGUAGGCAGCUCUUUGCAGUCACCGAUGCUUUCCGCCGAUGUGACCAUGGUCCAGACCCCUUCCGAGUUUCUGGCACUGACUGAAGACUCUGUCUCAGAAGUCGAUGGGCUGCCCAACGGUGGGAAUUUGCAUGCGGAAACCUUUGUCCACAAUGUUUCUACCUCUCAGAUCUUCCUCAGUCCUGCUGCUGCUGCUCCCUUCUCAAGGAAAACAGAUCCUAUUGAAAGUGUUUCUCAUUGUGCUGUUAUAGCAACCGAGAGUCAGGGAGCAGACAAUUUACUGCUCAGCGAAGCUAGUGGCCUAUCUAAAGCCCUUGAUGCUAAUCCAAACCACGCAAAAGUAUUAUGGAAAGAACUUCCCGUUCAACAGACCAGCCAUCUGGAAGAAGUAAGCUCAGGAGCUGAAGCACAAUUAAAACCUUUUGUCUUAAACCAGGGAGAAAUAACUUGGUGUUCUCCAGAAGCACAGGGAUCACAUAGGGACCAACAACGUGUUAGAGCACCUGAACACAUUAGAGAAGCCAUCCCCAUAUCUGAGACUAAGGUCAUCCCUUCAUCUUCUGAACCACAGUCUUUCCAAACUCAGCAGGGAUAUGAAAUAAACCACACAAACGUGAAACUUGCCAGUAGUUUCAGCCCUCAUCGCGAUUGGAGAUUCAUAGAGAAACGUCUGAGAUCUUCCUCUGAAGGUACCGCCGGAAGUAGCCGGAUGAUCUUAAAACCAAAGGAUGGACACCCGGAAGAAUUGAACAGUUUGCGAAAGCAAAGGACGGGCUCCUCUUCAUCGAAAAUGAACAGCAUGGAUGUUUUGAAUAAUUUGGGCUCCUGUGACCUGGAUGAAGAUGACCUCAUGCUUGACUUGGAAUUCCUUGAAGAGCAGCACCAUCAUCGUUCCGUUUGCCGGGAAGAUUCACAUCAGUCUAUAGUCUCUUGUGCUGCAGUGCUACUUACUCCCAUUGAACCGUCUGCUGAAGGGAAGAAUAAAGAACAGCCAAAAAUGCCUGAAGUGACCAAACAGAAUCUUUCUCUCAAACUGUCGAAGGAUGUGGAUCGAGGAGAGCCCCGGUGUCCUCGUGUCAGCCAGCUGGCCAGCAGCCCGUCUAUGGAGUGGCCUUUUGCGCCGAUGGAAGAAGGUGGCGGGAUGGAAUCUCUGCCGUUCCGGCUGAUGAUGCAGGACUGCACGGCUGUGAAAACGCUGCUGCUGAAAAUGAAGAGAGUUCUUCAAGAGAGUGCCGAUAUGAGUCCUGCCAGCAGCACCAAUUCCCUUCCUGUUAGCCCACUUACUGAAGAACCAUUGCCUUUCAAGGAUAUAAUGAAAGAUGAAUGUUCAGCACUGACGCUGCAACUUAAGGAGAGAGAUGAACUAAUUUUCCAGCUUCGUGAAGAACUGGAGAAAGCCCAGCAUUUGCAGAGGACUCUUGCUACUCAAGUAGAUAAAUCCACACAGACGGAGCUUGUAGGCCAUGAUGGAUUAUCAUGGGAGCUUCUGAGCACAGCACAGGGAGGAAGAGGAGCUACAUUUCUAAACAAAAUGGUGAGCCAAACUCUCAACACAAAGGACAGAAAGUCAGCACAUACACCCACCGAGGACCAUUUUAGAUACACGCCGAGCAACCAAGCAAACUCCCACGAAAGCAAAAGCUGCCAGCUGUCGAGCGCAUGCCUCAGCAGCCUCCUGAAAGAGAAAGAUCUGGUGGAAGUGAUCAAGCACACGAGAGACGCUUACGAGAGCCUCUCUUCAGAGGUCAGCCAGAACGGCCUAGCCGGAGAAACACAAAGUGCAUCCAAGACAACCGCCAAGGCUGAGAAUGCCCCUGUUUUUGCCGGGGCCCUGAAGGAUCAUGCUGCUAUUCCCCGACAACAUUCUACUUUCAUAGGAAGGCUGGGACAGCCUCCCAGAGGACCAAUCUCUUUACACAUGUACAGCAGGAAAAACGUUUUCCUCCACCACAAUCUACACACGUCUGAGCUUCAGACUUUGGGCCAGCAAGAUGGGUAA